AUGCCUCGAUAAAUUCGAUCAUUGCGUGCUCAUUUGCAGUGGACUUGCACACACGGAGAGGAGUCUUCACUUUAAUUGGAUUCUGGCAAGUACGGAGUCAAAAGCAGCCAUUGAAGAUCGAAAAAGCAUAAAGAGGAUUGAGUACGACCUGCAUGAAGUCCACCUCCAGGACAGUGGCGUCGUCCCCUGUUCUCGAGGCAUUGAUGGGUGAGCAGCCUGUGAGUUUGCUGCAUGCAGAUUCGGUUUCGUCCUUGGUCUUGGAGCUUUUGGUCGAGUUGACUUUCGACGGAUUCAAAAUUAGGAGGAUGGGGAGAGGAGAGAAGAGAAGAUCCGGAGGAGAAUCAAUCGGGCACUAAAUUUGCAAUCUUUCGGACAUGUGGACUCCGAGACACUACUCGCGUGAUGCUGCGCGCGCUGAGAUCGGCGAGUCCGCAUCGGUUUGGCUUUUAAAAUGCGAGGAGGGGCACAUUUCAGCGACGGAAUCGACUUCUGCUAUCGCGCACCGCCGAGAAAUGGCCUCUGGGGCUGGAAGCAUCGGUUGGUCCUGCUGGGUUGUCUCUUGGGAUUAUGACAGGCAGUUCAGACGGCGGGCAUUUGCUGCAGUAUGCCUGCAACAUCGCUGCGGAUUGGCAGCCUAUAGAGUCCCAUCUGGGGGAGAAGAUCUGCACAGUGAUGGCAGCUUUGCCUAUAAAUUCCGCCUUUGCUCUGAUAUGACGUGUAUCUGUGGGGCAGCUUCAGUUUCUUGCUCGCCUUCCGACAAGGGUGUUCAUCACCGCCCGUAAAAAUUGAACCGUGCAACGAUGGAGAUCCAGACGAUGGCCACUUCGGUGCGAGGACCCCAUGAGCUGGAAGAAGAGCAUCACAACAAGCGAAUGAGCUUCGUGAAGACCCAUGCGAUGCGCCUGAGGGACAACGUCCGGUGCAAAAAUUUGUGGCAGGAGACGAGCGGAGCGCUGGGUGAUCUGGGCACAUUCAUACCUAUCCUGCUGGCUCUGGCAUAUGUCAAUGGAGUGGAUUUGGGCACCACUCUUUUGUUUACCGGGGUGUAUAAUAUAGCUACGGGCUUGCUGUUUGGAGUUCCCAUGCCUGUGCAGCCCAUGAAGUCCAUCGCUGCUGUAGCCAUCGCCGAGGGUCCUGAUCGGCUGACGGUGCCUCAGAUCAUGGCCGCAGGUCUCAGCACAGGUGCCGUGCUCACCUUCCUGGGGCUCUCGGGGCUCAUGACCUUGGUGAACAAGAUAGUCCCUCUCCCGGUGGUACGUGGAAUCCAGCUCUCUCAGGGCAUCUCAUUCGGAAUUACUGCUGUCAAGUACAUGCUUAGUAACCAGGACUUCAAGAACAACAAGAGCAAGGGCGAUCGAAUUUGGGGAGGCAGCGACGGACGUUUCCUCGCCCUAGCUGCGUGUAUAUUCGUCAUCCUGUGCACCGGUCCAGGUGGUGGCCGUCAGUGUGGAUGCUCGGCCCAAGAAUCCGAGGUGAAGAGUCGUCAAAGCCAAGAUAGAUUGAGAAAUUCAGCACAAGACAAUGGCGAUGUUAAUGAUGUAGAAUCUUUGGAUAAUAAACCUCAGGAGGAGCCACGCAGGAAAUGGAUAAUUCCGGCAGGCAUCGUCGUUUUCGUGGUGGGAGUGGUGUUGGCGAUUGUCAGGGAUCCCAAGACUUUGGGUGCCUUGAGUCUGGGACCAUCUGCACUGAAGGUUGUGAGCAUCUCCAAGCACGACUGGAAGGUGGGGUUUGUGAGGGCAGCCAUUCCGCAGAUUCCUCUGUCGGUUCUGAACUCGGUGAUCGCAGUUUGCAAGCUCUCGAAUGAUUUGUUUCCCGAGAAGGUUGUGACACCGCUGUCCGUGUCCACCAGCGUGGGCAUGAUGAAUCUGGUGGGCUGCUGGUUCGGAGCCAUGCCCGUGUGUCAUGGUGCAGGGGGCCUCGCAGGUCAGUACAAGUUUGGAGCUAGAAAUGGAUUGGCACCUUUGUUGCUCGGAGCUGCGAAGCUCGUUCUCUCCUUACUGCUGGGUAGCUCUUUGCUUCGUCUGCUUGCAUCUUUCCCGAUCGGACUGCUCGGAGCCAUGCUGCUGUUCUCGGGUGUGGAGCUAGCCAUUGCUUGCCGUGACCAAAAUUCCAACGAAGACGCUUUCAUUAUGAUCGUGUGCACCGUCGUCUCUUUGUCGAAAGCUAGCGCUGCCAUCGGUUUCGCCACCGGAAUGGGCGUCUUCAUUCUCCUGAAGCUCCGUGAAUUGCCCACCGAGUAUCCAAAGUGGAUUCAGUCGGUUCGCAAUUUGACGAAGAAGUCCAGAGUUUGAUGUACAGAAUUUGAUGACGCUGCUUCCAGUUGCUGUCCUCGGUCCCAUUUGUGGAAACGAAACAGACGACUUUUCCAAGGUUUCCCCCAGGGUUUGAAGAAUCGACGUGGAUGUAAUUUGCUGCCUUGUAUAUUCACCAACUGAUGUACUCUUUGACUGCGUAUACUAUAUUCGUGAGCAAGUCGGAUGAAGCUGGUGUCAUUGAAAAAAGUCGAGAAUGCUGUGAUGGUAGUCGAGGCAACCAAACAAAUUCAAAAGAAGUCUGGCCUGGCUGCGAGGAACGAGGUCGAUUGCAGAUAUGGUGAGGUCGAACCAGGUGAAAAUGAGUGUAGAAGGAUGUUACUCCGAUUUAAGAGGAUGUGGAGCUGCGAUCCAGAUUCAUCUGCAUGUACAGAAGACUGUAUUUGUUUUAGCUGUGUAUAUUUCCCUUCUUCGCAUAUGUUUCUGUACUUUUACGACAGGCAAGAGUGUUCAUUGUCGAUCUAGCAAUGGGUAUAGAAAGUAAGUAUCUCUUCAGAAAGGGUAAACAUCUUGUUUACCGCAGUGUAUAUUUCCCUUCUUAGCAUAUGUUUCUAUACCUUUACGACAAGCAAGAGUGUUCAUUGUCGAUCUAGCAAUGGGUAUAGAAGGUAAGCAUCUCUUCAGAAAGGGUAAACAUCUUGUUUACCGCAGAGUUAAUAUAUAUCUAUCAGGAUAUGUGAACAUAGAAAGUUGUUGACAGGUCCUCAGUGUAAGAAGAAGAU